AUGGUUUUGCUUAUUAUGGAUGGCAAAUUGGUGCAGGAAAUGUCUUCUACAAGUUUCUCACCUUCAAAGGAGAAGAAGUGCAAAUGUGGUGUUCCCUUUGCAAAGCUUACCAGUUGGACAAGGGAGAACCCUGGUCGUAAGUUCAGAACAUGCAAGUUCUACGAUCCUGUAACUGAGAGCAGAGGUUGUAAAGCAUUUGAAUGGGUGGAUGAACAAGAUGGGACAGCCUGGCAAACAGAGGUGAUCAACAAUUUGUUGCUAGAUAAGAAACUGUUGAAGGGGGAAAUUAGUGAUUACAAGAGGGAAGUUGAUGAUCUUGGUGGACAGUUGAGGUGUUUGCUGAAUGAAGUGGACAGGCUGAAAAUGAAAUGCAAGGCUUUAAACUCUGACAGGAACAAGAUGAACAGAGAGAUGCAUGGAAGGAAUGCUAGAUCAGAUCACUCUGUUCUUAGUCUUGCUGUUGGGAUUAGUUUGUGCCUAACAAAAUUGGCUGGUAAAGCCUUAAAGCAAAGUAUUAAUUUAACAAAACAGGAUCCUUGUCCUAUACCCAAAAGUAAAGCUACAAAUAUUGCAACUGAUUGUUCAGAAAAUACAACCAACAACUAA